AUGAUCAAACGGUCUUUGGUGGUGUUGAACGCAGAGUCCGGUGCCAUGAAGCGGCGGCUCGAGCAGCUCGCGGAGGACGCGCGUCCGAUUGCUGGCGAUGACCGUGCCGGUACUGUGCCCGACGCUUUGCCCGUUGACUUGCCCGGUUUGAGGGCAAAACUCGAUCGGAUCCAAGAUCAGAACUUUGAGCACCAGUACCAAAGAGAGAUCGGGCUCACGAAACUGCCCACAUAUGCGGGCAAACAGGAGCGCGAGAUCGCAGCUGCACCGGUAUGGACGGGCAAGGAGUCAGUUUACGACGCCUCCUUGCGAAUGCUCAACGACAAGUACAAGACGGUAUCCAAGCAAAACACAAAACAACGAUUGCACAGGGCGCGGGAGGGCGCAAUCGACUACCAAUUGGACAAGGUGUCGGAGAAAAAACAGAAAAAAGAUGCCGAGGACGAUGGAUUUAGCGAACUGUACAGAGAACGGUUGCUAGGGCCGGCCGUUUUUGUGAGUGACACAUUUGCGGCUGUGGACAAUUCGGUGCGGUCGUUGGCCGACCAACGAAUUAUGGAGGCUCAAAGACGGGGCGAUUUCAAAAACCUCCCGCGCGGGAAGGCUUUGGAAUCGGAGUACAGAAACACCAAUGCCUAUUUGGACCGAACCGAGUACCACUUGAACAACAUUCUCAAGAGACAGGAGGCGAUUCCUCCGUGGAUCGAGAAACAGGGCAGUGUUGAUGUGCAGAUCAGGCAGUUUCGGAGCCAGCUCGAUUCCGAUUGGACCUCGAAGGCUGUGCAUAUAGUUUGCGAUAGGUAUCCAAUGGGAUCGGAUUCGGACAAGAUACAACUCAUGGAGCGUUAUGCACAAGCAGAGAAGGACGGCGGAACAUCGCAUUCCAAGCUCCGGAGCCGCGAAUGGGAGCAGCACCACGGAGAGUAUCUGAAGACCAAACUGCGCGUGUUGAACGACAGCAUCAGAGGCUACAAUCUACAAGCACCGUUGGCAUCACAGAAGUUGUACCUGAUCCAAGAAAAAGAGCUGGAAAAAUGCUACCAACGAUGUGCGGAUAAAUUAGUCGGGUCAUUGAAAAGACACCUUUUAGGGUCUUCACAGGCUCCUGUGGCGCGUGCAAGCAAAAAGGAACCGAAUCAGAGGCUACCGAAAUAUGGCGAGGUGAAACAACGUGACAUUAAGCAAACAUACCAGGUGCCGUCAGAAAGUCUUGGACGGCAAUUAAUAAACAUGUUCCGUUGGGGCUCCAAGGACGAAUGA